GCGAGGGGCUUGGGGGUCGACCUGGUGCUCCAGCACAACGACCUCUAUGGCGCUGAUAUCAACAUGGGAGGACACGUGGUGCCCAUCGUGGUUCAGAAAGAAGGAUCUCGAGAGUUCGAACUCAACGAAGAGGCCCUCAUGAGCGUCUUACACAGACCUGAAGUGCGCGAUACUGCCCUCUGCGUGGUGUCUAUUGCAGGGGCCUUCAGGAAGGGCAAGAGCUUCUUCAUGAAUUGUCUCCUGAAAUACUGCAUGAAUAAAGGCUCACCAGACUGGCUGGGUGAGCAACUGCAGCCAAUUGGAGGCUUCGUCUGGAGGGCAGGUAUGGAGAGAGAGACCACCGGGAUAUCUAUCUGGAGCGAGCCUUUCCUCUUCACUAAAUCAACGGGCGAAAAAGUUGCUGUGAUCCUAAUGGACACCCAAGGCACUUUUGAUUUGGAAACGUCGGCACAGGAAUCCACGUUCAUAUUCGCCCUGACUCUGCUGGCCUCUUCUGUCACUGUCUACAACCUGAUGAACCAGAUCCAGGAGGACGACCUCAUGAACCUCCAAACUUUCAGCUCAUAUGGCGUCCUGGCUCAGGAAAAUAGUCAUGGCACGCGUUCAUUUCAGAAGCUGAUAUUCCUCGUGCGCGACUGGAGUCAUAGCUUCGAGCAUGAUUUCGGUCACGAGGAAGGCAAAAAUGUGCUGGAAAAAGUGCUAAAGGUAAAGGAGGAACAGGAGCCGGGCAAGCAGAGGUUGAGACAAGGCCUCCGUCAGAGUUUUGAGGAGCUGGAGUGCUACCUCAUGCCCCAUAUCGGCACUAGCGCCUUGAGGGACCGCAACUUCAAGGGGCACCUUGAACAGUUAGCCCCGUUAUUCGUGGAGCACCUAAAGCUGCUGGUGCCUCGCCUGCUGGCGCCUGAGAACCUCGUGGUGAAGCGAUCAUGUGUGACGCUGGGGAUGCCCGCCACGGCAGACGAGCUGGUGGAGCUGUUCAGAACCUUCAUAAAAUUCUUCAAUGAUGGAAAACUGGUUCAGGCUACAAGCAUGGUUGAGCUGAUAUCACGUAUGGCAAGCGAGGCAGCUCGCAAAAGAGCCCUUGAUGUCUACAGGGAAGCCAUGGACUCGAUAAGCAAUCCCGAUGGGGAAGAUCUUCAAGCGGCAGUUCUGGUUGAACACCACUUCGCGUCUAGAGAAAAAGCCCUUGCAGUUUACGCCAAGGAGAACCCGUACGCCAAAAACUGCGCCGUAUUCCCAAUUGCUGAUGAAAUAAGAGAAGAACUCAAGUCGGAAAUGGAAGAGAUGAUCGUGGUCACCAUCAGGACCAAUGAAGAAGAGCAGAAGGCGCGCUCAAGCUGCGCUGCCGCCAGCAAAAAAGCUAAGAAGGCCUACGAGAAGGCCAUGUCCCCAAUAAACUGCCCCCCUGGGGACGCUCUUGGCGCCUCCAGUGUUCUGAAACUUCACGCAGAUUCAAAGGACCAAGCCAUGGCAGUCUACGAUGAGCUAACCCAACACAUCGUCAAGACAGAACUGUUAUCUCUUCGGAAUGAAAUUAGAGCUCAGCUUGAGGUGGAUAUCGAAAAGGAGAAAACCCACUACGUCAUUUUGAAUGGCCGCGCACAGCAGGUGCGCUCAUGCAGCGAAAGGGCCUACACGGAAGCAGUGAAGGCUUAUGUAGAUAGCUUUACCAAGGCCCACCCCAAAAUAUCAUCCAGCGAUAUUUCUGUAUUAGACAAGAGCUACUAUAAGUUCAAGAAUGAAGCCCUCUGUUUCUACACUCAGAUGAAUAAAGGAAACGAAAAUAUUCCGAUAGUGAAGAAAUUUAGAGACCAACUUGAGAAAGAGAUCAACAUGAUUCACUACGACACGGCUUUGAAAAUCAACAAUGAAUCAAGCUGUUCAACUCUUUAGCAAUAUCCCAAACGCUAAAGGAACAAUGGCCAAGUUGACAAAAGUUAUUGACAGAAAUUAGGGACAUUAAUAGCCAGCACAGUUGAACGUGGCACCUAAUCUGUCACUUUAACCUCGGUUCAUUAAUAUAAAUUUUUCAAAUUGGUUGAGCAAAGAAGCCCACCCAUGUUGCGAAUUUUGGCGGUAAGAUGCGAUAAAUUUGCAACGGCGCCCACAGCUGCACGCCCAUCGAGGGCAGCAGCCGGUAAGGCGGCGCCCCAUGGGCCACAGCCUCUUCUUGGUUCACCGUUUGGUCCAACUUCCCCGGACUGAAAUAUUCCUCGAGGACGGCCCGCACCAGCGGCACGCGUGUGGAACCCCCGACCAGCACAACCUUGUCGAUCUCAUCUUUGGUUAAUGAUUUCUGAGAGAUAAGACGAUCGAUAGAGAGCGUUAUUUCAUGCCUGAUAUCACGGGAAAUGAGUGAAUUGAAUUCUUUUCUCAUUAUGAUGAGGUUUACGUCGGUGCUGCCAAAAAUACCAUCAAGGCUCAAACGAGCCUCCGGAAGCAAAGUCAGAGUUUUCUUGGAUUAUCACACGCAAUGCGCAGUCGUUCCAGCUGCUUCUUAUCCUUUACUGUGUAUUUAUAUUUUUACUGAAUUAGAGUCGCACAAUGGGCAACCAAGGCCUCAUCUAUGUCACGACCACCAAGGUUGGGGUUGUUGAAAAUAGUAUAGUUUUAAGGUUCUCGUUAUAAAUUAAAUUUAAGCUUUCAUUGAGUCCGUUAAUAACCUAAGCUAAAACUAGACUUAAAACUAUAAUUUUCGCUCUACAAUAAUAAAUUUCAGUCCCGAGUUACAUUUAAACUAUAAUAAUUGCCUGGCACCACCUUAGCGAUUUUGAGGUAUUAGAGACUUGCAGUUUCGGGAUUCCUGUUGAAUGGAACCAAACUUCAAGUCAAUCGGCUACCCAUCUACAGUCUUCUUUAGCACCUCAUCCUGUGACCAGUUCCACCUGCAGCCGUCGAUUUGUUAUCAGUGUAUCCCAGGACGCUGUGACCGGAGUUACGGUACUGCUUCGUCGUCGCACGUGAUGGGAGUCAUGAGGGGCUAAGAUCUCCACGUCCGUAUGUUCUCCUGAGCCCCAGUUGGACCACUCACCUGCUGCAGCCGACUGCACCAGCUUCAGUCUUUUGUGGACCACGGUACCACUUAGUCGUGCGGGCGUGUGCCAGACAGUUUCAGAGACUGACAUAGCUAAACUCUGCCCUCUGACCUCAAACUAGAAUAAAGGUGU